CCACUCAAGACUCGCUGACCAUCUUGACUCCAACAGACAGAAUUGACUCUCUCUGUAUGCCCCAUCCAUCUCCCAGUUGCUUUGCCCGUGUCCAUGUCCCACAACCUCACUCCACCAUCAUCACUCCCGCUGACCACCUUCUUCCCGUUCAGAGACAACGCUAUGGUCCACACUUCAAUUUCUCCGUCCCGCCAGUCGUCUCCUAUCUGUUUGCCACUCUUCAAGUUCCAUACCCGCAGCGAGCCGUCCACUGAACAAGUCAUUAUCCGUUCUCCGCCUGGCAGAUGUAUAGCUUCCUUGACCGAAUCGGCGUGUCCCUCAAAUUUCUGGCAGGGUGUGAUCGCCGGUCCCUCCUUCCUUCUGACGAUGGGUGAAGACAUCUUGGCGCAGCUCCGUCUCAGCUUUCAUCCAACAAAUACCAAUUCUUUACUUACAAAGAUACGUUCCUCAGCUGCUCAGGCCGUAUCGGCAGCAAGACACAAAUGGCGUCUAGGUCGAGAGUGCACUGCAAGUUUGAGCGGCUGUGCAACUGAAGCGCCCAGGUAUCAUUUGAUCACAAGUCACAUGCACAUUCUAUCGGUCACAAUCAGUCUACAACGGAGUCCCCGCUCACCUUACAAACCUGAUGCCAAGGUUGAUGACUCGAAGGUGGCGUCAUGUUCUCUCCUCACUGACCUCCUACAGCUAGGGCAAGAAUUUGAGAUGCAUCCACAAAUUGUGAAGACAAACGCUCAAGGCUCCCGCCACUGCCGGAAAUCCAUCUUUAGUACGGUCGUCUCUCUACCGGAUCGUUUCGUUGGUCGAGUGUUGGGUACCAUCAACGAGCGCCCGAAGGUCUAUAUCGACGAGCUUCAAAUAAGUCACCUCUUCCUGCGCCGCUUGUGGGCGUUCAUACAGAGGAUAAGUAAUGAACAAAGUGUCGAAACUUGCCAAGGACAAGCUCCCGCUCAUGAACAUUGGUCCAACAUCAAGUUUCCAAGUCGCGCAUCCGAGCCGUAUCGAGAAGCCAUGGCGGCUUGUAGGCAAAUGUGCAACAUGGAACAGUGUUGAAGUUAGACCGAUUCGCUACACUUCAUGUGACCAGAGCCAAUCUACCCCUGCAUCAUUUCUGCAGCACGAAAAUGCAGGUGUUUC